AAAAUUCUGCAAAUGCUUCAGAAGUUCAGUCAUUUCAUUUAAGUUUACUUCAUUGUCUUCAAUUAUUGUUAAUGAACUAAUUAUCAUGUACUGAUGUAAAUCUUAUCGAUCUAAUUAAUUUUUUGAAAGUCUGUUUGAAUUUGCAAGUUAUUACAUUAUUUGGCAUUGACGGAGUCACCGUCAGUCACGGUCUCAGAAUUGGGCACAGAGACUGGGAGUGGGACCUGGGUCAAUCUUGACCAAUCAACGUAAUGAAGCCCAUCACACUCUUGAUUGAGCAGCUGCUAGUGUGCUCCAUUAUCAUGGCUUUCCUCUCCGGGUUUAUUUUCUUCCAGCCUGUUGGAGAACCCAUUGUGUCAAAUCCUGUACCACUGAAAGGUGGCAUUCCAAAGAUAUUUCUGAUGGUGGUGGAUGGUCUACGUCAGGACCACGUUCUGACACUGCAUUCUGAUAUUGAUGAUGGAGGUUCUGCCUCCAUUAGGUAUCCAUCUCGCAUGCCCUAUGUUGCAUCACUAUUAAAUUACUCUCAAAGUAACUUGGGGCAUCAGCACACAAUGAAAUCAAGAGCAACUGCAUAUGAUGUCAUGACGUUCACACCAACUGUCACUGCUCCUAGACUUCUGUCUCUAGUAAGCGGCUCAAUACCAGGCUUCAUGAGCAUAGCAUCGAAUUUUGGUACCUCAGAAGUGACACAAGAUAACAUUGUGACUAAGUGGAAAAAUUCUGGUAGACGAAUAAAGUUUUUUGGAGAUGACACCUGGUCUGCCAUGUUUCCUGGUCACUUUGUAUUUGCUGAUCCUGUGUCUUCAUUUUUUGUCUCUGAUUAUACUGAGGUUGAUCGGAACGUCUCACGUCAUUUACGAAGUCUCUUCAACGGAUCAGAAGAGCUCGCCUCUUGGGACGUGGCCAUCCUGCACUACUUGGGUCUGGAUCACAUCGGCCACUCCCAUGGCUCCAAGCAUCGCCUCAUUGACGACAAGCUCACGCAAAUGAGCAACGUUGUUCGUGCCGCCAAUCUCAGACUUGAAGCCUCGGGCUGCAACUACCUGAUCCUGGUGUGCGGUGACCACGGCAUGCUGGAUGAAGGCGGACACGGCGGCAGCAGUUAUGAAGAACUUCAUACGGCUGCUGUCUUCAUGGGUCCGCGUGUUGAGAGUAGGAAGUCAAGAGAACAACUGAUGAUCCGCCAAGUAGACCUGUCAAGCACCCUGGCAGUACUAAGCGGCGUGUCGGUGCCCGCCAGCAGCGUGGGGGUGCCCCUGUUGUCCCUCCUGAGCCCUCUCGUGGACGCCUAUGACCUCCUGCAGCUCUACAAGUCCGAGGCUAAGCGACUCCUCCACAUACUGGAGGCUGCUUCCUUACCUGCUGGAGACGCCUCGGCUCUGAUGGUGGAAGCUGAGUGGCUAGAGGCACAGAACUACGAUUUCCUGCUGGACCUGGAGAAUAGGGCGGCGCAGCAAACGGCUGAUGAGCUUGCCGACAACAGGACCAAGAGCUGCGUGGGCCCCCAGGCAGGCAGGGUGCGGGACAGCGGCGUGAUGGCCCACGGUCGACUCAUGCAGAUUGUGGCGCUCUACGAGAAGACCUGCAGGAAAGCCUCUGAUAUUCUCGUCAAUAAGAUGAAGACUUAUGACCUGCCUGUGCUGGCGGCCAGCGCUGUCGUCCUGUUCCUGGUUAAAAAAGGCCCUUGGACUUUCAAAUGUGGACUUGAAUGUAACAAGAUAUAUCAUCUCUUCCAGUUUGUUUCGAGCCGCAUGCUGCUGCUCCUGUCCGGCCUGUCGACGUCAGCAGUGAAGGAAGCCACGCUAGGCACCGUGGCGUGCUGUGCAGGCGUCGUGCUGGUGCUGUGGAGUCUCAUGUGCGGUAUGCUGACUGGACGAGACAGCACCAGCAUUUGUGAUGCUCGUUCGAGCGUGACGUGGCUGCUGCUGCCACCUGCUAUCUAUUCCAUGCUGCUCUUCAGAACUACCGUGACUACCUUCAAGGCCGGAAAGGCGGCUUGUAAGCCUGAGACCAGUGCCACGCCGUUCAAGCUGGCGUCUGUGGUGCUGGUGGUGGGUGUAGUGGCCCACACCCUCAGCCUUUUCGGAUCAAGUUUUGUUGAGGAGGAACAUCAAACUUUCUAUUUCUUCCUGACGUCGGCUCUCCUCGUGGUGCUGCUAUGCUGCGUCAGAUGUUGUUUUAUCACCUUUGGGGGACAACAGGCCGUGGUGAAUUUAUUCACUUCUACAUCGUCGGAGUUCACUGAUGACAAUGAAGCUCCUCGUGACCCAUACGACGCGAUGCAACUACAAAGAGAUGAGCAGUUCGUCAGACUGCGCGGCUCAUAUGACCAUUUGUACGGCCACAGCUCACUUGUCACUUCAAAUCUUGACUCACAAGUCGAAACCGCUGACUUUAAUCUCGCCGGAGCCCUCACCACCGCCGCGGCUCGUACUAUAAGAAAAAAGUCCGAGAUUUACCAGCAGAUGCGUUUCAGUUGCUACGCUCGUGCUAGUCUAGGGUUGUUGUUGAGCCUUAUAUUAUUCAGAGUUAUAAGAACCUGGAACUCAUCAGGUGACAAGUGGCGCCACUUGCCCGACACAGCGGAAUAUUUUACGACGUUUUCUUUGGUGUCGCAAGCAGCUUGUCACAUGGUGGGGCUGGCCUUGCUCGUGCUUUGCGACGUCGUGUGUCUUCCUGCCUACAUGUUGGGGCUCCUGCAUAUCCUCUCGUAUCACUUCCCCUUCGGGCCUGACGAUUACGGCAAAGAACUGGCACCGGUGGUUAUUUACGGGUCGUCGCUAGCCCUCCUCGCGUACGGCGUAGCGCGCAUCUUCCUCCUGCAGUUCAUCUUCAGGAGGAAGCACCCAGGCUACCGUCUGCGUAGGUGUGCUGUGCUGCUGCUGGGGCUGCCACCAAGCUCCCAAGUGAGGACUCUUUACGCCGACGGUGAGCAGUGCCAAGAUGGCCGUCUCCCCGCUCUGGGUGUCGACAACAAAAACAAUUGGAAGCAUUCCAAGUUAACUGGCAGUAUCAUGAAAGAAGAAAACUUUCGUUUCGUCGUACAAAAGUACAAUUCGACGUCGUAUCUGCUGCCCCAGCUGCUGCGGUACGCGCGGUGCUCGCUGACACUGGUGUGGCUGCUGCUGCAGGAGCGCAGCAACGUGCCCUUGUGUUGCCUGCUGAUGAUACAGGCGAGUCUGAGCUCGUCCAGCCUGCACCAGCUCACCACCUACGUGGGCAGGUGGAGCCUCAAUCGUCGUCUGUAUCCAUCGAUGCCGCCCUCGCACGCGGCGCUGGUCAUGCUAUGGACCGCCGAUGCUUUCUUCUUCUCUCAGGGGAACAACAACAGCCUGUCCAGCAUUAAGGUGGCGGCGGGGUUCACAGGCGUUAACUCCUACCACGCCUACGUCCACGCCUCACUCAUCCUCCUCCACACGUUUGGAGCGCCUCUUCUUACCUUACUCAGGUACCUGCAAGAGAGAAUCAGCACCAAUGAAAUGAAUGGCACAGACAACGCCUGCGACAGAAGUCCCUGGCAACGCACCAUGGGCUUCGGCUGGUGGCCUGCUGCAUCGACCGCCAUGUUGACCUGGUGGCACCUCAGACUGCUGACUGUUUGUGCCUGUGUUCUAAACGUUCUAGUUCAGAGGGACCACAUAUUUAUCUGGUCUGUGUAUAUGCCAAAGCUGGUGUACCAGUGCUGUCAUCUCGUUCUCAUGCCGCUAAUCCACAUCUUUGUUAUCAGCUUGGCAACUUGUGCUACUUGAUACUGAGUUCUAACGUUAUUUCUUUUACAUGCUGUGAUACCGUCAUACCGCUAUAUUCUCCAGCGACAUCUCUUACCUUACGUGUGCUCGUAAGUGCCCACUCAACUUCUAGCCACACUUGUGCCGCGUGUCAUUAAGCAUUAGGUGCAAUUCCUCAUCUUGUUAUGGAGGUAACUAGAUGGUUAAUUAACGACCUCAACCUAAUUAUAACUCAUAACUUUAAUGAUCCAAAUUAUUUUCGCCCUUUAUUAAUUUAAAUACACUGGUAAUGGUUCCUGUAAAUUAUAAGACAUGUAUUCAAUCAGAUACAUAAAGUAAGCAACUAUCAUGUAUUUUACCUGUUUUUAGUGGAACAAUAAUGACGCUUUUGAAACAUUAUUAAAAAUAUUUUAAUCGUGUCUUUAAUGUGUAUUCAAUGACGUGGUUAUGAAAAUGCGACCCAAUUUCAUCUUGAUAUUGUCGAUUUUUGUGCUUAAUCAUUCAUUUUUCGAUCAGUAAUCCUUAUUUCAUCGUUACGGUAUGUCGUCACCACAAUCCCUUCCUGCUUUGAAUUAUCUUCCCUGAUGUUUGCAGGAUGACCAAAGUUAUUGGUUGUGAUUCAAGUCAAAUUUCCUGACAAAUAUCUCGAUUCAUGUUGAAAACGCGGUCGUAGAAGGUAUAUGUUAUGUAAUUUGAUGCUAGAAUUCUCGAGUGAUUGCUAUAGUUAGCUUCUAACCCGAGGGAUUCGUUAAAUUUUAUUACACUUUCUGAACGUUUUUGUGAUAAGUUUCAGUAUUUAUGAACAACAGAACUGCCUCGUUAAUUUUCAUUCAAUUCAGUCUAUUCCAGUGUUUACAUUUACAUCGUACAAACUUGCUCAGUAGCUUAACUGAUGUCCUACUUAUCUUGAAGGUAUGAAGUUUAGGCGCACUCUGAAAGCAUAAAUUUCUGUUUGUGAGUUUCGUUGUCUUCCAUUUAUCGAAAUUUUUUAGUCCUAAUGGCCUCAGCAUUGCAAAAGCUACGGAAUUUUAUUUUAUUAUUCACUGGUGAAUUAGUCAUGGUUUUACAAGUUUGCUUUCUGAAUCUUCGCCUCAAUAAAAUUCUCACCGUCCCGUCACUGAAGAACGUGUUUGUCGUAGUUCAAACAAAAUUUUAAAACCGAUCACCAAAAAGCUAAACCGAAAAUAUCCAUUUAUUUUCGUUACAAAUUCUUGAAUUAUCAUAACUAAUAAUUACCUAGUUAUGCUAAUUCUAGCUUAACUGAUUACCUUGAUACUGGCUUCCUGUUAAAUACAAUUAGUUGUUAAGGCCUUUCGAGAUAUGCUUCCUAAUUCCCCCUGCUACAAGAGCUGUUCUCUUGUUUCCUAUAAACUUAAUGUCUGUGAUUAUGCGUUAGUGAUUGCCUUAUGUUCCUUCCUCUCCUACACUAAAUUUCAAGACGAUUCAUAAUAGUUAAUUUGUUGGCAUUUAUGCAAUCGUUCAACCAUCGUGUCAAGGCAUGAAUUGAAUUAACACGGUUUUGCCAUUAAUUUUCUUGUGCUGAAUAGAGACGCGUCCUCGGCAUUUAAUACGCAGGGUUCGUACCGGGCAUGGAAAACCUGGAAAGACAUUGGAAUUUUAUUUUUCAUUUUCCAGUCCAG